AAAAAAAAAAAAAAAAAAAAAACCCCCCCACUUGCGCGCAGGUAUGCGUUAUACUAAUAUAGCUUUUAGUUGUUUCGCUUACUUUGCUUGAGGUAGUAGUGGUGGUUAUUGAUGCCGGCCGGGUUGCAAUGCACGAAAAAAUGCCCAGCCAGCAGUCGCCCACUAAUGUUACGUGUGCUACCACUUGAACUUGCGGGCAAUAUCGCCCGGCAUGCGACCGAUGGAGAGAGCCAGACUAUCGGAAUCUGCCAUCCCAGUCGAUACAUCAUGUAUAUAUCAUGCGCCUACCGUAUGGGUUCUUCGCCAACUGAUAAGAUUGAACCGACUAUUGUCGUACAAUCACAAACGGAACUUGAAAGUCCCUCAGUCGAGAAGACCAAAGAGAAAGACGACUCGCUUCAUCCUUGGUCCGAAUCUUCAUCUAGCCAAGAAUCUAAUGAGGAACCGCAUUACGACUUCGAAUCAGAGGAAUUCGCCCGAAUUCCCGAACUCGUUCGCUCCGUGGUGGGCUUUGAAGACGACCCAACUCUGCCUGUCAUCACCUUUCGAUCAGUCUUCUUGUCCUGCAUUUUCUGUGUGAUAGGGAGUUUCGUAUCUCAGCUUUCAUAUUUCAGAACUACCACCGCGCCUUUCCCGGUCUUCUUUGUGAUUUUAGCGUCUGCGCCACUCGGAAGGUUUCUCGCCCGGAUUUUGCCCGACUAUACUAUCCCUCUAGGUAGAUUCUCGUUCUCGCUCAAUCCUGGGCCAUUUUCCAUUAAAGAGCACGCAAUCAUUGGCAUAGCCGCCAAUGCGGGUAGUCAGGGCCAGUGGGCGACUUUUCUACCCACAAAUGCGGCUCUCUACUACGGUAUCACCAUGCAUCCGGCGGUGGCGCUCUUCUUCGGCUGGGGGGCUUCUCUGCUUGGAUUUUCAUUCGCAGCCAUGGUGCGAAGAUUGUUGAUUGAUGACCCCGAAUUUAUAUUUCCUCUUUCUAUGCAGCAGGUUACACUCUACCGAAGCAUGCAAGGCAAGACAGAGUAUCACACCAAUAGAGCCAGGCAGCAAAUGAAGAUUUUCUGGUUUGUGCUGCUGGGAACGUUCGUCUGGCAAUUCCUGCCCGAGUAUCUUUUCCCACUAGUUGCAUCUCUUGCACCAUUAUGCUGGUUCGCAAGUCGUAAUCACACUGUCAACUUCCUGGGUGCUGGUCGGGGUGGAAUAGGUCUCCUGAAUAUCACGCUAAACUGGUCAAAUAUCACAUCCACGAUCAUCACUUAUCCUUAUAGUGUUCAGGUUACAAUAUUCAUCGCCUUUGUCAUCACUACUUGGAUACUCAUUCCAGUCGCAUACUUCGGCCAAAUUUGGGGCUCACCCACCUAUAACAUCAUGUCGAACGGUGUAUUCCAGAAGAACGGCUCGUCAUAUCCAUUCAAUAGUCUCAUAUAUACAGAUGCUAGUGGCACUCAGCAUGUCAACGAGACGAAGUAUGAACAGGUUGGACUCGCCUAUUCCGGCGCGCAAUACACUUGGGAGAUCUUCAUGUGGUAUGCGUCAUAUAUUUCGUCUUUCGUCUGGUGUGGACUGUUUCUCGGGCCAAAGAUCUGGAGUAUCUGGAAGGCAAGGAAAGAUCAGGAUCACUAUCAUAAAGAUCGACUGAGCCGCAUUAUUCAACAAUACCGGGGUAUUACUUGGUGGGAAUGGGCUUUACUAACAAUUAUUCCCAUUGGCAUUUUGUUGGCCAUUGUCGCUGCUGGUUCAGUUUGGAUGCCAACUUGGACUUACGUUGUGGCGCUUGGGUUUGGUGCAGCCGCUAUGCUGCCUAUGUCCCUUGUCUACGCUAUGUCUGGUUACUCAAUAAAAGUCGGAUUCUUCAACGAGCUGAUAUAUGGAUACAUGAUUGAGGCUAAAGGCUCCUCACGCCAUCCACUUGGGCAGCUCGCAUAUCGCAUUAUCUCUGGUAAUGUCUGGUAUGAUGCACGCAUAGUCCUUGAGGACCAGAAGAUUGGACAUUAUCUUCACCUACCUCCUCGAGAUGUUAUUGGUAUGCAAAUAUUUGCUAAUAUGGUAUCCCUCCCGGUCAACUACGGCGUCAUGCGAUGGGUUCUUGACACAAAAUUUGAAUACGUUAGUGGCAAGGUCACGGAUCCAUUAGGACAGUGGACAGGCCAGGACUUUAAGAGCUAUAACACCGCGGGUAUCCAGUAUGCGCUAGUGGGGCCCAAAAAGCUGUUUGCAUCAUCUUAUUUCAGCCCCGUCCUAUAUGGCUUCCUCGUAGGAGCGGUGGCGCCGGUCAUCAUAUGGCUAUUGCACAAGAAGUUUCCUCGAGCUCGGUUUGAUCUUUGGAACACGACUAUCUUCUUUGCGAGUGCAGCAGUGUUUUACGGGAACCUCAGUACUGGUCCAUUUACCACAUUUCUUCUUGGGACCUUCACCAACUUCUUUCUCUACCGAUAUCGCCACAAGUUUUGGAACAAGUGGGCUUAUAUAAGCGGAGCAGCUCUUGACACAGGGUUCAACGCGAACCUGCUAUUCAUCUUCCUCUUUCUUGGAACGACUGGUGUGGCUAUGGUCAAAUGGUGGGGGAAUGAUCCGGUCAGUGUUGAGAAGUGUUAUGCUCUAUAGUGCAUAUCCCAUACUUCUUCGCCUCACCAAGAAGAGAAACCUUCCUUCGGAGGAAAGGCAAAUCACCAUUAGUUACCAGGUACACGUCUCUAGUGUACAGCACAAUUUACAAUAAGUAGUUCACAGUAAGAACUUCUGUUACAAUAUCAGAG